AUGUCACGAGCCGAGUCUUUGUGGGAGCGGCUAGUAAAUGCUGCGUUAGUAAGGGAUCGAACGGGAGCAGCUGCUGGUGGUCCUGGUCAGGGCAGUAUCGUUAACUAUGUUCCUUCAUCUCUAUCAAACAAUAGAGACAUAGAUGCAAUUCUGAGAGCUGCAGAUGAAAUCCAAGAUGAAGACCCCAAUAUAGCAAGGAUAUUGUGUGAGCAUGGUUAUUCACUUGCACAGAAUCUUGAUCCUAAUAGUGAAGGCAGAGGUGUUUUACAAUUCAAAACUGGCUUGAUGUCAGUUAUUAAGCAAAAAUUAGCAAAAAGAGAGGUUGGGACCAUAGACAGAAGCAAUGAUAUUAUCCGACUGCAAGAAUUCUACAGGCUAUACAGAGAAAAAAACAAUGUUGACACGUUGAAGGAGGAGGAAAAGCAGCUCCGUGAGUCGGGGGCAUUCACUGACGAGCUGGAGCGGAAAACAGUCAAAAGGAAAAGAGUUUUUGCCACCCUCAAAGUUCUGGGAAAUGUGUUGGAGCAGUUGGCAAAAGAGAUUCCUGACGAGCUGAAGCAUGUUAUUGAUUCAGAUGCUGCUAUGAGUGAAGACACAAUUGCUUAUAACAUUGUUCCUCUUGAUGCUCCUGUCACGACAAAUGCCACUACGGCUUUCCCUGAGGUUCAAGCGGCAGUUGCAGCGUUGAAGUAUUUUCCAGGCUUGCCGAAAUUGCCUGCUGAUUUCCCCAUUCCUGCUACAAGGAAUGCUGAUAUGCUUGAUUUUCUCCACUAUAUAUUUGGAUUUCAGAAAGACAGCGUCUCAAAUCAGCGUGAGCAUAUAGUUCUUCUACUCGCUAAUGAGCAAUCCCGCCUUAGUAUUCCAGAAGAAACAGAACCUAAACUGGAUGACGGUGCAGUGCGUACGGUGUUUUUGAAGUCCCUAGACAACUACAUCAAGUGGUGUGAUUACCUGUGCAUUCAACCUGCUUGGAGCAACUUAGAGGCCAUAAGCGGAGAAAAGAAACUACUAUUCCUCUCUUUGUAUUUCCUGAUUUGGGGGGAAGCUUCCAACAUACGGUUUCUUCCAGAAUGUUUGUGCUACAUAUUCCACCAUAUGGUUAGGGAAAUGGAUGAGAUCUUACGCCAGCAGGUUGCUCGCCCUGCUGAGAGUUGUAUGCCAGUUGAUAGUCGUGGAUCUGAUGAUGGUGUAUCAUUUCUUGAUCAUGUCAUUGCUCCGCUGUAUGGAGUGAUUUCAGCGGAAGCUUUUAACAAUGACAAUGGCCGAGCACCUCAUUCAGCUUGGAGAAACUAUGAUGAUUUCAAUGAAUAUUUUUGGUCGCUUCACUCCUUCGAGCUUGGUUGGCCGUGGCGCACGAGUUCCUCUUUCUUUCAAAAACCUAUACCGAGAAAAAAGUAUGAGCUUAAAACCGGCAGGGCGACACAUCGAGGAAAAACUUCCUUUGUUGAGCACCGGACAUUUUUGCAUCUCUACCACAGUUUCCAUCGGUUAUGGAUAUUCCUUGUUAUGAUGUUUCAGGCACUAGCCAUAAUUGCGUUCAAUAAAGAUGACCUUGCUUCCAGGCAGACUUUGCUUGAACUUCUUAGCCUGGGUCCGACUUUCGUAGUGAUGAAAUUUUCUGAGAGUGUUCUGGAUGUUAUCAUGAUGUAUGGUGCUUAUUCUACAACAAGACGGCUGGCUGUUUCUCGCAUUUUUCUCCGUUUCAUUUGGUUUGGCCUUGCUUCCGUCUUCAUAACUUUCCUCUAUGUGUCCGCACUUCGAGCACCAAAUUCUGAUUCACCCCUAUUUAAGCUUUAUGUGAUUGUCAUAGCUAUCUAUGGUGGUGUUCAGUUCUUUUUUAGUAUCCUGAUGCGUAUCCCAACUUGUCACAACAUUGCUAAUAAAUGUGACCGGUGGCCUGUGAUUCGAUUCUUUAAGUGGAUGCGCCAGGAGAGACAUUAUGUUGGCCGUGGCAUGUAUGAAAGGACAUCUGAUUUUAUAAAGUACUUGCUAUUUUGGCUUGUCGUUCUGUCUGCAAAGUUCUCAUUUGCGUACUUUCUUCAGAUUGAGCCGCUCGUUGGCCCAACAAGGAUGAUAGUGAAACAGAAUAAUAUUCCGUACUCCUGGCAUGAUUUUGUGUCAAGAAAAAACUAUAACGCUCUGACUGUUGCCAGUUUAUGGGCUCCUGUGGUCGCUAUAUACCUGUUAGACAUCCAUAUAUUCUACACCCUUGUCUCUGCUUUUUUGGGGUUCUUGCUCGGUGCAAGAGAUCGUUUGGGGGAGAUUAGAUCUUUGGAAGCAAUUCACAAACAAUUUGAGGAAUUUCCAGGGGCCUUUAUGAAGGCUCUUCAUGUUCCUCUUACCAACCAGACUUCUGAUCCUUCUCAUCAGGCUGUGGAUAAGAACAAAGUAGAUGCAGCACACUUUGCUCCAUUUUGGAACCAGAUAAUUAAAAGUCUACGAGAGGAAGACUACAUCACUGAUUUUGAGAUGGACUUGCUCCUGAUGCCCAAGAAUUCUGGUAGGCUCCAAUUGGUUCAGUGGCCACUUUUUCUUCUUUCCAGCAAGAUAUUAUUGGCCAAAGAGAUUGCUGCUGAGAGUAAUUCACAAGAAGAGAUUCUGGAGAGGAUCGAAAGGGAUGACUAUAUGAAGUAUGCUGUUGAGGAAGUCUAUCACACUCUUAAAUUUGUCCUGACAGAAACUCUGGAAGAUGAAGGGAGGACGUGGGUGGAAAGAAUCUACGAAGUCAUCCAGGCCAGCUUAAAGGAAAGAACUAUACAUCAUGACUUUCAGUUGAACAAGCUCUCCCUUGCUAUCACUAGAGUGACUGCACUCUUGGGAAUCCUGAAAGAAAAUGAAACACCGGAGCAUGCAAAAGGGGCCGUCAAAGCACUUCAGGAUCUCUACGAUGUUAUGCGGCUAGACAUAUUAACUUUCAAUAUGAGGGGUCACUAUGAAUCGUGGAACAGGAUAACUCAAGCGUGGAAUGAAGGUCGGCUUUUUUCAAAGUUGAAAUGGCCUAAAGAUCCUGAGAUGAAAGCACUCGUCAAAAGAUUGUACUCUCUAUUUACUAUCAAAGAUUCUGCAGCGCAUGUUCCUAGAAAUCUUGAGGCCAGGCGCAGACUGCAAUUCUUCACCAAUUCUCUUUUCAUGGAUGUGCCACCACCAAAGUCUGUCCGCCAGAUGUUAUCCUUCAGUGUCUUCACUCCAUAUUAUUCUGAGGUUGUGCUAUACAGCAUGGCUGAACUCACUAAGAGAAAUGAGGAUGGAAUAUCUAUCUUGUUUUACCUUCAGAAAAUAUAUCCAGAUGAGUGGAAAAAUUUUCUUGCACGAAUAGGACGGGAUGAAAAUGCGUUAGAAGGCGAUCUAGAUAAUGAGAGAGACAUACUUGAACUUCGAUUUUGGGCCUCUUACCGUGGACAAACGUUAGCUAGAACAGUUCGCGGGAUGAUGUAUUAUAGGAAAGCCCUCAUGCUUCAGUCUUACCUGGAAAGGAAGGCAGGAAAAGAUGUGGAGUCUGCACGUAAUGGUAAUGACACAACGGAUGCUGGAGGGUUUGAGUUAUCUCCUGAAGCAAGGUCCCAAGCAGAUCUAAAGUUCACAUACGUUGUCACAUGCCAAAUAUAUGGAAGACAGAAAGAAGAACAAAAACCUCAAGCUGUUGACAUUGCAUUGCUAAUGCAAAGAAAUGAAGCCCUUCGCAUUGCUUAUAUUGAUGUUGUUGAUACUCCAAAAGAGGGUAAAUCUCACACAGAAUAUUAUUCAAAACUUGUGAAGGCCGACAUCAGUGGAAAGGAUAAGGAAAUUUACUCCAUAAAGUUGCCUGGGGACCCGAAACUUGGCGAAGGCAAACCUGAGAAUCAAAACCACGCUAUUGUGUUUACUCGCGGAAAUGCAAUCCAAACUAUUGAUAUGAAUCAGAGAAUGUUUCCUAACUAA